AUGUAGAUUUGCACAUUUCUAUUCGAGGGAGAGAGAAACAAAAUAUGGGGAAGAUACUUGUUUUAUUUGUUUUUGCUCUCUGCAUAAGCGGUACACAGCUGAAAAAAGCAAAAAAGAGGUGGGGGGAGCAGAAAAACAGCUCUGAGGUUGCUUUUCCCAUGCCCAGAACAUUUAAAGGAACCCCAGUGAUUAACAUUCAGCCCUUCCUAAAUGGGACUCAGACUUCCUUUCUAACUUAUUCCCCUCCAGCUCUGCACUUGCUCAACAACAGCACCGUGGGGUACCUCGGUGGUUCUCUGAGCACCCGAGUCAUCCCCAUUAUUUACACAUUGGUGGUUACAGUUGGGAUUCCAGCCAACAUGUGUUUGCUAGUGACUAAAAUCAGAAAGGUGUCUUCUGCCAUCCUCUACUGCAGCCUGGCUGUCUCCGACCUCUUCCUCCUCCUCUCCCUCUUCUUUAAGGCUCACUACCAUUUCCAUGGAAACCACUGGGUUCUCGGAGAGACUGCUUGUUGA